CCUUUCCGUCAUCGUAUUAUUACUUCCUGUGCGAACUGGACUUCUGCAGUUACAUACAUUGUUCAUAUUCAACUACUUUUUUCAGUCUCUGCACUCGCUCCCCCGACAGCACGACUGUCACGAACCUGACGUGCCUCCACGCUUAUCCUCAACACCACGUUGCCGCCCAUAAAUCCGUUUCUCACCUCCGCGCUCUCCGCGAUUCGCAAUCCUCACCCUCGGUCGUCGCGUCCCCGUCUUUCCGAGCCCUCUGGAGUCCUUACAACAUACAAUACACUCAACCUACAAAUCUGAACCCAACAUGUUUUGCCUGCGGAGCUGGAUACCAAUACUGUUCUUCCUCUCCGUCUCCAACGCAUCCCCGAUAUAUCUCAUCCUUUUUGUCGUCACCACAUACCUCCUCAACCGGCCCUGCGUCUAUUGCUCCCUCCUGCUCGGCGUCCUCGUUCUCGCGCUCUUCGACUUCAGCACAGACUGGUUCGCGCCGUCCUUCUCGGCAUCCACAGUCCUGGCCCCCGCAUCGAACAGCUCGAACACGUCAUAUGUUGAGGAUGCGUCUGCGCUGGUGCGCCAUGUGACAGAGGGCGUCAGGGGCAGGUUGACGGCAGGAGGAGGAGCAGGCACGGGCGGGGAAGGCAAGGGCGCGACGUGGAUUGGCGAGUGGGUGCGGAACGUCGUGACAAGAAAGGAGUGGCGCGUACCGUGCUUGGAUGUGGUGGUGCGGUUGUAGAUAAUGGGACGUGGGCGUGAGAGGGGACAUGACAGUUGCGAGGGAGAGGGGGGGUUAUGACGAGCAUAUAUACCUGAUUGGGGCGUGGAUGUCUUGCAUUGGACGGCGUUUUGGGGGUUCAGCUUUACAGCACGAGACGAAGCGCAACGGACUCGGACUUGUGAAGCCUGACUCGGCGUCUAUUGGGCAUACAACGAAGUCUAUAACCGCAUGUAUAUAACUGGCUAGCAGCAGUACUGCGUUGAGAGCGUGGUGUUCCAAUAUGCGGAAAUGGAUCAGCUCUUUGUCAGGAACACAACAUCAGGAUGUGGCAUUGGCCCAGACGAAUUACAUCACCAAUUGCCAAAGAGGACCGCGCCCAUCGGGAAGCCUAGAUCUGUAUAGACUGCUAGUCCUCGGAUUAUUUGUUAGAGCUUGGCACUACUGAAAAAUGCUAAGUAUAUACUCAAAUAUCAGCCCUCUUUACCAUCUA